AUGAGCACUGGCAGGCAAAUGGUGACUGCUCGAGACCUUAUCGAUGAGGCCAAGAAACGGAUUGUUUUCCUGUCCAUGUGCAUUAUUGGACUCUCGUAUCUCAUGUCUUGUUCUACAGCAUCUUAUGGAUGGGUUCAUAUCUUUAAUAUUAGACAUGAGGAUCUGAAUUGUUCUUUAUUUCGUUACAUAGUGAGGGAAAUGCUUGCUUGUGCAGUAAUACGACUAGUUAUAAAUUUAGCAAAUCCCAGGUUUAUUAGUGAAAGGAUUGAAAAUGUGGUUCAAAAUUCAGCAAGAAAGCCUGAAAAAGUAUCAGCCUACAGCAAGUGCUUUAACAGUCCUGUUGCUUGGAGUGGAAAGCUGAAUGCCAUAGCAUGUGCAUCUAAGAGCUGUGCACGUAUACCAAGGGAGCAACUAGUUUUGUUAAAGAUGCUAGUUGUUGGCAACGUGAACAUGAGUGGAGACAGGAUAUUGCAAUCAUAUCAAAGUGGCUAUCUGGGGUGUCUGAUGUAUGAUGCUUAUACCCUCUGGUCUUUUGCCUUCUGUUCAUACAUGGAGAUGAAUGCAACAGAGGCUAAGGAGAGAAGAAAAAACAGAAAGUUAUAUUUGGAUACCAGGAAAUCCAAAAAACAAUAUACCAUAUCAUCUUCUCUUCAUACACCAACUGCACAUGUUAUUCAUCGUACUCAAUCCGGUUCAAAUAGCAUUACAGAAUCUACAAUAGCUAAAGAGAGGAGAAAAAUCAGAAAACUAUAUUUGGAUAAUAGAAAAUCCAAAAUAUUACAUACCAUAUCAACCCAUCAAAAUUCAUCUAUUACACAUGCUUCUUACAUGUCGAAUAAUGGUGUCUACACUCAUGGCCGUAGAUUAAUAUCUACAGAUAACUAUACAAAUGUUUCCUUAGACAAGGAAAAUAUAAACUCGGUCAAAUCAAGUGUAUAUCAACAUACAAUUAUUAAUCCACCUUCAACAAAUAUAAAUGUUACAACGCCCUUUUCAACAAUUUCAAAUGCCAAUUAUAUUCUCAAUAAUAACGUUCGAACACCAUUAUCUACUAAUAUAAAUGUUAGAACUCCAUUUUCUAACAUUUCAAAUGGCGGCUAUAUAUUCAAUAAUAACCUUCAAACACCACUAUCUAUUAACAAAGAAAAUUUGGUGUUUGGUAAUGCCUCGACAUCUGACAAUCGUUCAACAAUAAUCCAUAAUUCUUCGUCAAUGAAGUUACCAAGAGGAAAACAUCAACUAAAAAGGAAGACUCCAUCUAUAUCCGCUAUACCUAUGUUUGACUUGACAUUAGAUGAAGAAAAUAUUGAUGAUCAUAUUAUUGAAGAUAUUUUUCGCGGGAUAUCCAAAGAUUACUUGGAUCAUGGAGACCAGAUCGUUAUAUGUCAGAUUUGUCAUGCAAAAUCAUGGAAAGCUGAAUCAAUUAGAGGGCAGAAAAAAGUCAAUACAUCUUAUUCCCUAUGUUGCGGUUACGGCAAAGUUGAGCUACCAUCCUUAAAAGAGGCACCGACAUCAUAUCGAAAUUUGUAUAGAUCGGUAGAUUCAAAAAGCAAACACUUCAUGAAGAACAUUCAACGUUAUAAUUCAAUGUUUUCAUUUACAUCGAUGGGAGGCAAAGUUGAUUCAUCCAUCAACAGAGGCAAUGCACCAUACAUAUUCAGACUUAGUGGUCAAAAUUAUCAUAGUAUGGGAAGUCUUUUACCUACUCCUGGUUCAAGUCCGAAAUUCUGUCAUGGACCAACGACCACUUCUACAUCAACUUCAAGAUCAUAUGAUCUCCAGAUUAUAGAAUUUCUGAAGGAUAUGUUAGAUUCAAACAAUGCCUUGGUAAAGUCUUAUAGGAUGGUAAGAGACACUCUUCAUGAAAAUCCUUGUGCUAAUUUGAAGUUAAGAUUAAUUGGAAAAAGAAAACAAGAUGGAAGGACGUAUAACUUGCCAAGUUCUUCUGAGGUUGCCGCUUUAGUUGUCGGCGACAUUUGUGAUUCAAUUGAAAAAAGAGAUAUUGUUGUUCAAACUUCAUCAGGAUUAUUACAACGUAUCAGUGAAUUGCAUCCUUCUUACCUUCCUCUUCAGUAUCCAUUACUAUUUCCAUAUGGCAAUGAUGGUUACAGAGUUGACAUUCUUCAUAGAGAUAUUUCAUCUUCAAGUAAUAGCAAGCGCCCGACCUGUACAAUGAGAGAAUUUUUCGCUUAUAGAAUUCAAGACAGGGAUCAAUCUUUCUCACUAAUUCUUAAUGCAAAAAGGUUGUUCCAGCAAUUUUUGGUUGAUGGUUAUACCAUGAUUGAAAGUGAGAGACUAUUUUUCAUACGUAACCAACAAAAAGUUCUUAGAUGUGAAUCGUAUGAGAAUUUGCAUAAUCAACAAGCACUUGGGAGUACAGAUAUUUCUAACAUCGGCCAACGUGUGAUCUUAUCUUCUUCAUUUACCGGUGGUGCAUGCUAUAUGAUGCAAAACUAUUUGGAUGCCAUGUCGCUCUGUAAAUGGUUUGGAUAUCCUGAUUUUUUCAUAACAUUUACGUGUAAUCCAGAAUGCCCAGAAGUUCAAAGGUUUCUUAAGGACACUUCAAUUCAUCCAAAAGAUAGACCGGAUAUAUUAUGUAGGUUGUUUAAGAUCAAGUUGGAUGCAUUUAUUAAAGAUUUAAAGGAAAAUGAAGUUUUCGGCAAGGUUCAAGCAGUGGUUUAUACAAUUGAAUUUCAAAAAAGUGGUUUGCCUCAUAGUCAUAUAUGUCUAUUUAUGCAUACUAGCUGCAAGCUUCCUACAGUUGAAUAUAUUGAUCCCAUUAUUUCUGCUGAGAUUCCAAAUAUCGAUGAUGAUCCAGAACUGAGAAGAAAUGAUGGACAUUUUGUUGAAAAAUCUGGUGUUCAGUUAGAUAACAGAAAUGUUGUUUCAUACAACAAAUAUUUGCUGAAAAGAUAUCAGGCACACAUUAAUGUUGAAUGGUGCAAUCAAGGAUCUUCCAUAAAGUAUUUGUUUAAAUAUAUAAACAAGGGUCCUGAUAGAGCUAUCGUUUCUAUGGAGCGGACCAAUAAUGAUUCCGAUAACAACGAUGCAGUGGAUGAAAUUAAAGAAUACUAUGAUUGUAGAUAUAUUUCUGCAUACGAUGACAUUGAAGAUGUUCUUGAUCGCCCUUCAGUUGCUUCUUCGAUGUUCACAUCUUGGAUGGAGUGUAAUGCAAUCAAUAAAGAAGCACGAAAACUUACAUAUGUUGAAUUUCCUACAAAAUUUGUUUGGAAACGUAAUGAUCUGAUUUGGAAGCCAAGGGAACUUGGAUAUGCGAUUGGUAGAAUUCACUCGGUUUCUCCUAAACUUGGAGAAGCAUAUUUCUUAAGAAUUCUUUUAAAUAAAGUGAAAGGUCCUAAAUCCUUCGAAGAAAUUCGCACAGUCAAUGGUGAACUAUGUUCUUCUUUUAAAGAUGCGUGCUAUAAUCUUGGCCUUUUAGAUGAUGACAAAGAAUUUAUCGAUGCAAUUAAGAAAGCAAGUCUUUCUGGAUCUGGUUUUUAUCUACGGUUCUUAUUUGCUACGAUGCUAUUGUCUAACAGUUUGUGUGAUCCAGAGAUUGUUUGGCAAAACACCUUGGAAUACAUGUCAGAUGGAAUUCCUUACAAUCAACAACAGAGAUUAAAGUCUCCAGGUUUAUCACUAAACGAAGAUCAACUUAAAAACUUGACUUUGUUUGAGAUAGAACAAAUUUUACUCCGUAACAAUUCCAGCCUUAAACAUUAUGGAAAGAUGCCUUACACAAAUGUUGAUUCUGUUUCGUCUUCAAACAAUCGUCUUAUUACCGAGGAGCUAGAUUAUGACAUACCAAAUUUAAAGAACGAGUUUGAUCAGUUGUUUGUUGCAUUAACAAAUAAGCAACGCGACAUUUUUCUUGAUAUCAUGGAUGCAGUUAAACAUAAUAAGGGAGGUGUAUUCUUUGUUUAUGGUUAUGGUGGAACAGACAAGACAUUUCUUUGGAAGACAAUUUCUGCAGCAAUUAGAGCUCAAGGAGAAGGUAAUCUUGGUGGUCAAAAUGACGGUGAGGCGAUUAUUGAUAUCCCACGAGAUAUUCUUAUUACUAAUCCACAUGAUCCUAUAGGUUCAUUAAUAAGUUUUGUUUAUCCUUCUAUAUUGGAAAACUUCAACAUUGCUGAUUAUUUUCAAGAAAGAGCAAUGCUAGCUCCCAAGAAUGAAGUUAUCCUAAACGAUCGUUUGUUGUCAUUGUUUCCAGGAGAAGAAAAAGAAUAUUUAAGUUCAAAUAGCCUAUGCCAAUCCGAGUUUGUUCAUGAUGAGUUUGAUGCAAAUUUAUACUCACCUGAUGUUUUGAAUGGUCUUAAAGUUUCAGGUCUUCCAAACCAUAAGCUCAUUUUAAAAGUCGGUGUCCCAGUUAUGUUAUUAAGAAACAUUGAUCAGAAAAAUAGCUUAUGUAAUGGGACUAGACUACAAGUUAAAUCUUUGGGCAAACGUGUUAUUGAGGCAGUUAUUUUAUCCGGAAGUAAUCAGACUUUUAUUCCAAGAAUGUCUUUAACUCCUUUUGAAGACAAGAUCUCGUUCAAAUUCCAAAGAAGACAAUUUCCAUUGGCUGUGUGUUUUACAAUGACAAUUAAUAAGAGCCAAGGACAGUCUUUAUCGAAGGUUGGUUUGUUCCUUAAAGAGCCUGUUUUCACACAUAGCCAAUUGUAUGUUGCUUUAUCAAGAGUUCAAAGUAGAAAAUGA